GUUCGUAAAAAAUCUAAAGCCGCGAGUGCCAGUUGCACAGGUACACUACGGUGGUGUUCGCGAAGCUCUCGUGGUUAGGUGACAAACGCGACAUGGACAACAGAAGAGACAAGCACGGCAGUGCAUCGUCCUCGAAGAAGACGAAUCGCAAGGACGAGCAGCAAUUUGCCUCGAUGAUGCAGCUGACUAGGCACUAUCCGUUCCAACAACCCUGGCAGCAGCAGCAACAACGCCAGUACAACAAUCAGCUUUACCAAAGGAAUUACAAUAAUUUCUAUCAGCCGGCUGGACAGCAGCAGCAAUACUCCCAGCCUGAGUAUCACGGCUCGUUUCCCAGGGUCAGGACUAAGGAUAUUGCUUGUUUGUUUUGCAAGCAUCACUUUUACAUUGGCAAAGAUUUGAAAGGUUCAAACAGUCCUCUUUUGUUACCUUGUGGCCAUGCCACAUGUUCAAAUUGUGAAAUUUCAUACCCCAAAAGACCUUGUCCACUGUGCCCUGAUGAGUACACCAAUCCUACAAAAAGAGAAAGAUUGCUCCACAAUGCUUAUGUCGUUGGGCUUAUUCAUGUGCUUAAGUCUGCUCCGGUGCAUAUCGAUGAUCCAGAUAUAUCGUUUCAAAUACCAAAAAAAGGCUUGACAAACCAAGUAUAUGAUCAAGGCAUUUGUUACGAAUGUGGACUAAUUGCUUAUUAUAGCUGCCGUGAUUGUAAGGCUUUUUUCUGCGUGCCCUGCUUUAAAAAGAUACAUGGACGAGCCUUACAGAAUCACGAAACCAUUCUAUUAAAUAAAAAUUCUAUUGACUUAUCACUUUCAAAUUCUUGCCCUAACCACGAGGAUGAAGCUUGUGAAUAUUAUUGCGAGGAUUGUGAUAUGGAAUGUUGUUCUCAUUGUGUCAUUAAGGAACAUCAAGGACACAAUACCAAAUCUCACGAUGACAGGAACCAGGAUUUGUUGCCAGACUUUUUGGAUGCCUGUAAAAAACUAAAGGAGACGAAAUUCUACACAUUGAAGACAUUAAAGAACUUCCAGUCAAACGCAUCCUACGACGACGCGAUAAAAAAGUCCGAAGUCCUGGAGAACCAGAUAACCCAGCACUUCAUACACCUCCACGGUUACCUGCAGAACCUCGAGCAGAAGCUGAAGAGCGAGCUGGUCGCUUACCGGGAGAGCAUCGAGAGGAACGUCGAAGAGUGCGAAAAUGGGCUCUCCAACCUGGCCGAGAAACUGAAAACUGCCUGCGCGAUUUUCACAAAUGCAGAAAAGAACAACAAGAAGAUAAACAUAAAAAAGUACACGAAAAAAAUAUUAGAACUAGCAGAUUCCCCGUGCCAUUUUGUGGGCAUGACAACAAGUGGCGAAGAAUUAAGUAUGGACCUCGACGACUCGACGUACGAUAAUCUGAGGCAGCACUUGCAGCUGAAGCUGCCCGAAAUUCCGAAGCCGCGUCUUGUAAUGACCGACGAGCUGCCGGAGGAUUACGAGCUGGAGCCGAUACCGGAAGCUGACAUUACGAACGCCAGUUUUAAGGCCACCUCGAAAAAGGACACCUCGUCCGCUGGUACAUCGUUGGUUAAUCAGUCCGUGGAUGUUGAGGACGAGGAGGAUGUCGUUGUUGAACGACAACCGGUCUCUUGUUUAGUCACGGAACAAGCCACGGAGUGCGUGAGAAUAACGCACAUCAUCAACCCGGCGGAUUUUUACGUGCUGCGGGAAAGCGACCGGCAGGAGCUGGAAAUACUGGAGGGCAUGAUCGCUGACUACACGGAGAACAAGUGCCCUGGCAUUCCGGACGUGGUCAACCUGAACCAAAUCUACAUCGUCAAGUAUCUGGAGACGAACAAGUGGUACCGCGGCCGAGUGGUCAGGCUCAAGGAAGGCCACGAGGAGGCCACGGGCUACUUGUUGUACGACGUCUUUUACGUCGAUUACGGCAGGACAGACGUCGGCGUGACGAUCGACAGGAUCAGGAAUACCAUGCCGAACUUCAACUACUUCAACGGCAUGGCGUUGCACUGCAAUCUUAGGGAGAUGGGUCCAGUGGAGGAUGAGUGGCACGACGACAUCAUCGACAAGUUCCGCCAGAUGGUCGCUGAAGAGACGUUCAUAAUGAAAAUUUUGAAGAGCGAUCAGCAGGUGCAGACGGUCGAGUUGUACAAGCAGAAGAACAAUCCCAACAACAUUUCGCUGCACGAUUGGCUCGUCGACACGAAAAAAGCUCACGCCAUCACCUCCUACAAGCUCAAGAGAAUGAAUCCUCUGUCGACACGGCACUUUUACUACGAGGACCUGCCCCUGGAGAAAACGUCGUACGUCCACGUGUGCCACAUAGAGUCUCCCCUCUGCAUAUACAUUUACAAGGUGAAAAGUACCGACGUGGCGGAAAAAUUGAAUGUUUUCAACACCGAAUUCGACCAAUACGCCGUGUCGACCGACAGAACCAUCAGAGAACCGGAGCUCGGAAACGCCGUAGCCGUGCGCACCUCUUCGAACAGAUACCAAAGAGGAUUGGUGUCCAAAAUAAACAGCCAAGAGAAAAAAGCCUUCGUGUUUCUGGUCGAUUACGGGCAAACGGUCACUGCCAAUUACCAAGCCAUACAUCACUUGCCCCAAAGAUUCUGCAUCUUCAAUGCCCAGGCCAUCAAGGUUUCGAUCCUCGACAUCACUCCUGCGGACGGUGACAAGUGGUCGAUAGAUUGCAUAAGUUACCUGAAGAAAAAAUUGGAGGACAGGGCGUCGAUCAAAGUCAUACCGUACGAAAAAGUCGACGACACCUACAACGUGGUUAUGUACGUCAAGGACACGAACAUAGGCUCCAACCUCGUCGCUAAAAAGUUUGCCCUGAGCACCGGUGACCGCUCGAAAAAUCCGACCUUGAACAAGGUGGUGCCGUCGUCGAAAAAGCGCAAAAAGUCCAAGGCCCUGAAAUUGGAAAUGAAUUUGCCGGCCCCGAACGGCACGUCGGUUCCGCGGCGACGCACGGCCGAGGAUAGCGACCCGUUCAAGACGCGGGUCAUGAUCAGCAAGGUCAUCUCGCCCGAUUUGAUUUACACGUCCCUGAGCUCGAACGUCGCCAAAUUCGAGGAGAUGAAUCGGCGCAUGCAACUGUUCUACGAGACCCACCACAGCGAGUGGGAGCGCGAGCUACACCUCAACUCAACCUAUUGCUGCUACUCGGCCAAGGACAAGCAGUACUGCCGCGCCCAGUUUGUGGGCUACAACGAGAACGACCCCGCACUGGUGAAGAUGCUCCUCAUCGACAUGGCUGAGAUCGAGGACGACAUACCCUUGGAGGCCGUGCAACCCCUUACCUCGGAAUUCUUCCAACCUUCCCAGAACGUCUUCAAGAUCAAGCUUGCUGGCAUUAGACCCUGCGGUGGAACCAAUGCCUGGACGUCGACUUCGUGCGAGAAGCUCAAAGAUAUCAUCAGUGACACCGGUGACUCCAAGUAUUACGUCACUCUGGUUGGAUCAUGUGACGAGGAUAAGGUGUUUCCGGUCAGUUUGGCCAUUAGGAGGAGCGUCUUGACGACCGGGCCGUUGGAGCCGGUAAGGAAAGAGACCAUAAUCGUAGCUCGCCGACUGAUCGACGACGGUGUGGCAUUACCGAUCAAAGGGUUCUUCGACAAGGACAAAAAGGAGCCGGCUGUCGAGUUGCAGAAAAAACUGAGGCUUCACAGCACAGAGAAUCUGGAUGAUUCGUUGGAGAAGAAGAAAACAACGGCGGUGUCGGUUUCUACGCCAUCGUCUGACGUUGAAGUGAAUCAAGAAAUUGUAGAAGAUAAAAUCAGGGAGAAAGAUCCGAACAAAGUUACGGCUGAAGCUGCCAAAGAUGAUGAUAAUGAUGAUUUUAACGACUCGACUGCGAUACCGAAAUACGCUGACUGGUUACCGCCUGCUUAUUUAAGAGACGACUCAUUUAACGCCAUAAUUACUUACGUAGAUAACGACUGCGACGUUUAUUUUUAUCCAGACACCAAAGAGUAUAACGAGACAAGAGAUCACAUUGCUAACACUUUGAAAGAAUACAGUAAGAAGGCAAUCCAAAAACAAGACCUCACUUGGGAAGAAGGUGACUUGUGCAUCGCUAAAUUCCAUGCCACCAACUGUUGGUGCCGCGGGAAAGUGACAGAAGUUGUAAAUAAUCAGACGGUCAAGGUACUGUUUGUUGACUGGGGCAAUGUGGAAGAUUGUAGCAUUGGAACUCUGAAAAAACGAAUCGUCUUGGAAGAAAUUCCUAUACAAGUCAUGAGGGCGAGCAUUGAAGGUUUAAGCUCGAACGGUUACAGGUGGGAAACACAUGAUUUAGACGUGAUUCACAGAACCCUAGUUGUCCAGCCCUGUCAAAUAAGAGUCAUCGAAAAACCACCCCAGCCUUGGAAGGUUGCCAUCUGGGUAACCAAAGGUUCGUCCUUCGUUACCCUUCCGUGGUACAUAAAAAACAUGACGCAAGUCGAUUGCGAUACAGAUGUCAGCAAGUACCACGAAAUCGGAAUAAACGUUCCCUCAGAGCCAACAAAUUUAACGACAAAAGUCGACGAUUCUUCCAUUAAGGAUAAUAACACCAACGGCAUUGUGAUUUGUGUUGAUAAUAAUGAUGAUGGAUCUGGCCCAUCAAGCCAUGAAUUGAGUAAAUCGAGUGACGAUGGAAACAACGAGUACGGAACGCCAGAUUCAAUGAUGCACGAAUGUGACGAGAGCGAGUCAACUACUUUGAGAUAUGAGGAGCAAUUUGUAGAUGUCACGGCGCAAAUGGAGCUCAUGCAGUUGUCGAUCAUCAAUGAAUCACAGGAAAGCGAUAAGUCGAGCUCGACGCCAAGCUUGGAAUCCGCGUGCUCGAACGACAGAAAAAUGAAGGUCUUUUCGCCGUUUGGUGAGCAGAAUCGUAUGUCCCCGGAAAACAAUGGGAUGGAGUUUAAAAAUUCAUUUUUCGAUGAAGAACCAAUGAUCUCCGGCAACUCGGUUCUGUACAACGCGAGCUCCAAUGCCCUGGAAUUCGACGUCAUGAGCGUGAAAACCGAGGCCCUCAACCAAUAUGACGAUGACCACGAGCUCAUCUCGUCCACGCCAUUGAAUGCAUCAUUUACGAGCGUCAUGAACGAUGAUUACUCUAGAAAAAUGAUAGAUUUCCAAAGAUUCAACGUCAAGUGCUUUGAAAUAGGUCUUGGUCAGGCGUUUUCGGAAAUUCACAUGUCCGGCUAUUUGCGUAACUCGAGUAAUCGGGAUUUGAAACAGUGGAUCGAUCAGUGUUAUCAGAUUCAUGAAUGCAUUCAGUCGUGUGUCGAAGAACAAGAGAUUUUUGUACCACAGCCGGGUGAUUACUGCAUUGCUCAGUACGAUGAUGGGAUGUGGUAUCGAGCGCGCGCUACGCAAAGGACGGUUACAAACGAUGUAUCUGGCACUGUGGUGGAAUUCAUGGAUUAUGGAAAUCGAAUGUCCAUUUCGGAUGACGAAAAUUGUAUUCGUACAAUAAGGCAAGAGUGGUUAGAUGUUCCUUGGAUGGGUUUCAGCUUCAAACUUUUCAAUGUAAAAGUUGCACCCGGGCGUGACAAAGAGGCUAGAGAAAGUAUUAAUGAAGUUUUAGGACAAUCUGACAGAUAUUGGGUACAUAUAAAGAGAUAUGACCCUGAAAUUGAACUGGAGUUAUUUUCGAGCAAGAAAAAUAAACGCUUAGUAUACGCUUCCUUGAUCGAAGGAAAUAUAUUUGAAAAAAUCGAUCCAAAGCUAUGAUUAAAAAAUAACGUUCAAUCAAAUCAUUGAUUAUUUUGUGUUUCUUUUAAUUUCAAGUAUAAUUUUAAGUUCUCAUUACUUUUCCAGUGUUUAAUAUUGACAUUUAUUUUUAAUGCAAAUCGCAUCAUACUUUUAUUUUCAAUAAGCGACUGAGCAUAAGCAUUAUUGUGAUAAAUAUUUGUACUGGAGAAAGCAAAAAAACAAUCACCGAUUCUAAA